ACUUAUCUCUGUCUUUUUGGGAGCAUUUGGAAGCUCCAUGGCAUCUUCUUCAUAUUCAAGCUUCUCAUGGUGUUCUGCUCCAAUACCAAAACCAUCCUCCAAAACUCCCUUCUCCUCAUCUCUUUUCUCCUUAAAUACUCGUGGGUUUUCUGGAAUUUCACUCCAUAAAUCCGUUUCCAGCUCAAGAGCCCAUGCCAAGUUUGACAAAUUUCAAGGCCAAGAAAAUCUUGAACCAGUUCCUUUAGACCCACAAUUGCAAACAAUGGAGGAGGAGGAGCAAGAAGAAGAUGACAGCUGCCUGCCUUCUGAUUUGGAGGGUGCCGUUCAGCAGUCGGGCCAAGCAACUGCCUCUUUUGUAUCUUCAGGAGGAAUGAGAGCAAUUGUUGAGCUCUUGAUACCACAACUUCAGUUUCUUGAUGACGAGGGUGCACAAGCUGAAUUAUGGGAACUAUCAAGAGUAUUUUUGGAGACACUUAUUGAGGAGACGGGGUGCGAGAAAGUUAAAGCCAUUUUUCCAGAUGCUGGAGCUGCCGCACUCCUGAAAUAUCGGUGGAAAGAUGCUACAUUUGGAUUUGCCAGUCUAGGUGAUCGGAAGCCAGUCAGUAGGGAAGACGAAAUUGUAGUCAUGGUAGUUCCUGAUUAUCAGAUGCUGGAAUAUGUAGAAAAAAUUGCAUCUGAUCUCUCAGAUGACCCGCCUAGGCCUCUUAUCAUGUGGAACCCGCGUCUGGUUAGUGAGGAUGUUGGAGUGGGGAUCAAUGUACGUAGGCUGCGGCGUAAUUUUUUAAGCACCUUCACCGUGGCUUACUCGAUGAGACCUCUACCAGAUGGUGCUGUAUUUAGAUGUUAUCCCGGAUUGUGGAAAGUGUUCUAUGAUGAUAAGGACCGACCAAACAGAUAUCUUCUUGCCAAGGAACAGAUCAGCCGUCCAACUACAGAAGAUCUGGAGAUAAUAUAUGGAGGUGUGGAUGAGAAGGAAGAUAAGGGCCCCUCGCUGUUAAAUCAAGCAGCUGGAAUCUUCUCUUCUAUAAACCGCUUCAUGAAAGUCAUUUCAAGAUAGACUGUGCCUUCAGUUUUCAACUCAGAGGCGUAGCGCUGAGCAUUCAACUAAAUGACAUGAACAAUCAGCUCCAGGAUUUGCUUGCAAUGCACCCCCUCUAUCAGUUAUCAGUUCGCAGAUCUUUCAGAAUGGAUUACCAGAGUAUAUAUUAAAUUACUUCGUGCAUUCAGUUUCCUUGAUCAGAGAAGUUAUGGUGAAUUUUCAAGGCACUCUUUCGCAAUUUUUUUUUUGUUCAAAAAGAAAAAGAAUAAGAAUAUUUCACAAUGGCAGCAAACAGUUCACUUUUCAGAAAUCAGACAAUUUGAUUUGAUCUGUUUAUGUCCCAA